AUGGCGGGCCCCUCUGGUUCCGACUUUGUGCGCUUCACCGGCCACCGGUUCCUUGCCCAGCGCCUUCUCCUGGCCACCCUCACAGGCCGCCCGGUGCACAUCUCCAGCAUCCGCAGCUCCUCACCGACAAAUCCUGGCCUCGCACCGCACGAGGUCUCCUUAUUACGCCUCUUCGACGCCGUCACCAACGGCAGCGCCUUCCAGAUCUCCUACACCGGUACUACCAUCACCUUCCACCCGGGCCUCAUCACGGGCACCGUCGCCGGCGCCGGCGCCACCGAGGACGACGUGAUUGAGCACAAGAUUCCUGCAGGCUGCACACGCGGUAUCUCCUACUUCUUGCUGCCCAUGGCCCUGCUGGCACCCUUCUCCAAGGCCCACGUCAACAUUCGCUUCUCCGGCCCCGGCGUCAUUACUUCCGCCACCGAGACCGGCGACAUCUCUGCCGACGCCUUCCGCCUCGCCAUCCUGCCGCUGUAUGGGCUUUUCGGUAUCCCGCCGGCCCGCAUCGAGCUGAACAUCCGGCAGCGCAGCUGUGCGGGCCACGGCGACCGCCGCGGCAACGGUGUCGUCGAGCUGCGCUUCGCCAGCCAGGUCCGCCUGCCCAAGACGCUGCACCUGCACCGCGGUGCCGGCCGCAUCAAGCGCAUUGGCGGUGUCGCCUACAGCGUCGGCGUGUCCGCGUCCAACAACAAGCGCAUGAUCCACGCGGCACGGGGCGUGCUCAAUGCGCUGACGGGCGAGAUCAAGAUUGCCGAGGCACCGCCCAGCAAAGACGACGGCAACGGCGGCGGCGACAAGCCCGGCAUCGGCUUCGGCCUGUGCCUGGUGGCCGAGUCGACUGUGAACGGCGUCGUGUACUCGGCCGACGUCGUGAGCCCCGCGCAGGGCGGCGUGCUGGCCGAGGACCUGGGCACGCAGUGCGCGCACCGCCUGCUGGAGGCGAUUGCGCAGGGCGGGUGUGUGAGCUGGACGGCGGCGCCGACGGUGCUGACGCUGAUGGCGAUGGGCUCCGAGGACGUGGGCCGGCUGCGGGUGAGCCGGGACGUUGUGGUGGCUGAGGAGGUGAUGGGACUGGCACGGGACCUCAAGGCAUUUGGCGCGAGCAGCUGGGGUCUGCGGCAGGCAGAGGAUGACGUUCUCGGUGGUGGCGACAGCGAGGACGAUGAGGAUGCGCAGAGCAAACAUGAUGUGCUCAUUUCUAUAAAGGGUACUGGUCUUGGCAACGUGGGCCGCAAGGUGGCCUAA